UUUACAUUUUUUCAUCCUUGAUCCUGAUUUAAGUUUUUGUUUUUUGGGGUUAGGGUUUUAACUCUCUCCAACAGUUAUAUACUCCCGGUUAUUAGGGUUCACUCACCUUCUUCUUCUCUUCAAUGGAACCAAAUAACCAAGAAAACGUAAAGAAGGAAGAAGAAGAACAAGUAGUAACUCCAUGGGAAGUAGCAAGUAAAGGUAAGAUUGACUACGACAAACUUAUAGACCAAUUUGGUUGUCAAAGAUUAGACCCAACCCUAAUUCAACGGGUCGAACGUCUUACUUCACUUCCUGCUCAUGUGUUUCUACGUCGGGGAGUUUUCUUCGCUCAUCGGGAAUUUAAUGGGAUUCUUGAUGCGUAUGAGAAAGGAGAGAAAUUUUAUCUGUAUACAGGAAGAGGACCAUCAUCUGAAGCCUUACAUUUGGGACAUCUUAUCCCUUUUAUGUUUACCAAAUACUUACAAGAUGCUUUUAAAGUUCCACUUGUAAUACAACUAACAGAUGAUGAAAAGUGCUUGUGGAAGAACCUUCCAGUGGAAGAGACCCAAAGACUUGCUCGUGAAAAUGCUAAGGACAUCAUUGCAUGUGGCUUUGAUAUUACUAGAACAUUCAUUUUCUCUGACUUUGACUAUGUCGGUGGCGCGUUCUACAAAAACAUGAUUAAAGUUGCAAAAUGUAUCACAUUCAAUCAGGUUCAUGGAAUAUUUGGUUUCACUCCUGAAGAUCAUAUUGGCAAAAUCAGUUUUCCACCUGUGCAGGCAGUUCCAUCCUUCCCAAGUUCGUUUCCUCACCUGUUUACUGGCAAGGAUAAUUUGCGUUGCUUGAUUCCUUGUGCUAUUGAUCAGGAUCCAUAUUUCAGGAUGACACGAGAUGUUGCUCCUAGGAUUGGAUAUCAGAAGCCUGCGUUGAUCGAGUCUUCUUUCUUCCCUGCUCUCCAGGGAGACACAGGGAAAAUGUCUGCCAGUGAUCCAAAUUCUGCUAUAUAUGUUACCGACUCCGCCAAAGACAUUAAAAACAAGAUUAAUAGGUAUGCCUUCUCGGGUGGACGGGAUUCGGUGGAAGAACAUCGGCUACGUGGAGCUAAUUUGGAGGUAGAUAUACCAUUCAAGUAUCUAACAUUUUUUCUGGAUGACGACACCGAGCUAGAACAUAUAAAACAGGAAUAUGGAUCUGGAAGGAUGCUUACGGGUGAGAUAAAAAAGCGUCUUACUGAAGUUUUGACACAGCUGGUGGAAAGGCAUUGCAAAGCCCGAGCAGCAGUGACGGAUGCAAUGGUUGAUGCAUUCAUGGCUGUGAGACCCCUCCCAAAUAUGUUUGACUAAGCAAGAUGGUAGUGGAUUAUUUCCAUUUUUUCUACAGGGUGAGGUUUUUCUCAUCAGAUCUCAGUUCAGAGGUAUUUUGAAUUAUGGAAAUCCUAGGACCAUAUGUUAGUUGAUGGUAUCUUCCCGGUGCCAGUACAUUCCAGGCAAGUGCAAUACAUGGUGGCCUCUCCCUGAUCUCUUCCCUCUGCUGCAAUUUUUUUUAUGUGAUGAGUAAAGAAAUCCAUCUCUCUCUUUCAUCUUUAAUCAACAAUGGAUUCACAAAUCAAUUAUAUUAGUUAACUGAUGUUAUAAAAUUCUUCCGUAUGCUGGUUAUUUUCCGAGUAGAAAGUAAGAUUGAAAUACAAGAUGAAUUUUGCAAUCUGAGUCUUUAAGUUA